UUACUGUCCGACUCGAAAAUUGGACUGCCUGAUGUUGAUGUGUCGGGGUUUUUGUCAAGACAGCGACAAAAGCGGAUGAAUUAAGAUAGCGUGUAGUGUUCGCAUCAUUAAAAACAUCAGUAUAUGCGAGGGUAAUGUGCUAAAAUAGAUUAGCAAUAGCGUUAUUGAUCAUGUGCAUCGCUGUGGUGUUAUUCCCUGCGGUCCACGGGAUGGAGGCGCAUGGAGUGACCUGUCGCAUUUUGGCUUAACCUUAAUUUUUGACUUUAAGCAGGCAUGAAGGGGUGCACCAAAAGUGGACAGAGAUGUGUUAUGUAAUGCCAAAUCAUUUAGUGCUGUAGCUUGUAGUGACAGUUCUCGCCAAACAGACAGUGACUAGUGACAGCUCAGCAAGCUAAGCGGCUAGCCCAGACAGUGCUGGAUCAUGGACAGGGAGUCGUACCAUACCUGCUGCAGCCUGGUCAAAAUACCGAGACAAUCCUACGAGCAGUUUUGGUCCUCCCAUUUUGUGGACUACAUCGACAAGGAGCUGAGCUAUUCCAAGUUCUUCAAGAAAUACCUGCUUCCCAACCACCCGUGCAUGUUUUCAAGGAGGUUCACUGAGGACUGGAAGUGUAGAAAGCAAUGGGUGACCGAGGAGGGGAAGCCUAAUUUCCAGAAGCUGCUGCAAGAGUUUGAUGAGGCUCCAGUUCCUGUUGCCAACUGCAAUGCAAAGGAAUACAAUGCCAACCCCAAACAAAUGAUGCCUUUUAAAGAAUUCAUUCACUACUGGAAGGAAUACAUCCAGAAUGGUCACUCAUCACCCAAAGGAUGUCUCUAUCUUAAAGACUGGCACAUGUCAAGGAACUUUCCAGAUCACAAUGUUUACACCACACCAGUGCUUUUCUCCUCUGAUUGGCUCAAUGAGUACUGGGAUACACUUGAAGUGGACGACUACCGGUUUGUCUACAUGGGGCCCAAAGGUUCAUGGACUCCGUUCCAUGCUGAUGUUUUCCGCUCCUACAGUUGGUCUGCAAACAUCUGUGGCAGGAAGAAGUGGCUCCUGUACCCGCCGGGCCAGGAGGAGUUUUUACGAGAUACCCACGGCAACCUUGUUUAUGAUGUGACUUCAUCCGAGCUUCGAGAUAAAGGCCUUUUUCCACACUCCGAUGAAGCCUGUCAGCCUCUGGAGAUUAUUCAAGAGGCGGGAGAAAUCAUUUUCGUACCCAGUGGCUGGCAUCACCAGGUUUAUAAUUUGGAAGACACCAUCUCAAUCAAUCAUAACUGGCUAAAUGGCUGCAACAUUGACAUCAUGUGGCAGUUCCUGCAGAAUGAGCUGUCCUCUGUCCAAAGAGAGAUAGAGGAGUGGAGAAACACCAUGGACUCUUGGCAUCAGCACUGCCAGGUCAUCAUGAAGUCUUGCACUGGGAUCGACUAUGGGGAAUUUGCUUCGUUCCUGAAAAUCAUCGCUGACAACCGCAUCUCUUUCCUGAGCUCUUGUUCGUCGGGGGACUCCGAUUACCCGAGGCACCUGUCAGAGACCCUCACCACGCUUGGACCUCACCACGCCGCCUUUGACCUACAAAGGGUGGCUCAUAUUCUCGAAUGCCUACUCUGCAACGAGGACUUUAAGCGGAUCGACUAUUCGUCUCUGAGCUUACAACCCGAGAGCCUGUUGCAGCAAAUCCGAGAGGCCAUACACUCCACAAGAGGGCAGCAUCUCCUCUACCAGGAGUAGACCAUGUUCAUGUUGUCUCUUUAAGAUGUAAACCUAACCUGGCAGUGGCUUGAAUCAAAACUGUGCCAAUUUGUGUGGUGUGAAUUAGAUGUUGAUAAAGACAAUACUACACAUUUGGUCUGAGAUGUCGUGCAAUCUCACGUGUGUCUGUUACUAUGUGGAAUUUGCAUUUGCACUGUAAUAAAAUGGCUAAAAAAACUCAACUUG